CAUUUUUGUGCUUAAAAUAUAUUUUUAAGAAAAAUCAUAAAAAUGGAAAAAUCAAAGAUUUUUAUUAGAAAUUUGGACAGAAUAAUGACAGAAUCAUCAAAAUGGGGCUUUAAAGAUAUAGAGAUGUCUUUUUUUGAUUCAGAUAGGACUUCAGAUGAGCGUAAAAAAGAAGAUUUAAAUAUCAAAAAAAUAUCAAAAAAAUAUAUAAGAGAGAUGAAUACAGUAGAAUCAUUACAUAGCUAUAUAAUGUCGUCAGAUAAAGCCUUGGAUUCAUUGGAAUCAUACCUUUUUUGCUUCAGAAAUGAUCUUAAUGAAAUAGAUAAUGAAAUAAAAGCACUUCAGUUUCGUUCUAUAGUUCUUGGCCAACAAUUACAAAUACGAAAGGAUGCAGAAAAAAGGAUUAGAAACAUUGUUGAAAACUUUAUUAUAUCACCAGAAACUAUUUAUCAUAUUUCAGAAUCAAAGAUUGAUGAAAAAUGGCAAAAUAAUCUUUCUAUUCUUAAUAAUAUAUUAGAAAAUUUUGAUAGCAAUAAAAAAAAGGGGAAUAUAUCAAAAAUACAAGAACAUAUGGAAAAACAAUUAGAAAAGUUGUUAUGGAUAGCUGCUGAGAGGAUACGCGAAUUUUUCAUCAAUAAAAUUAAAAUAUUGCAUAAUCCUUGCAGCAAUUCAAAAGCUAUCCAACAGUGCAUUAUAAAUUAUAAGUUUCUGUUUAGUUUUUUAUAUAAAACUCAAAAGCAAUUAACUUCUGAAGUUAAACAAAUAUAUCAAAAUACUAUGCAAUGGUAUUAUUCUUAUAAUUUUAAAAGAUACACAAAUUUUCUAGAAAAACUUAAGAUUAAUACAUUUGACACAUUUGUUUUAGACUCUGAAAAAACAUCUAAAAAAAAUAAUAUGCAUUUUCAAAAGGGAAUUUGUAUUUUUUCAUCAUAUAAGGAAUUUAAUAUCAGUCACAGAGCUAGUAUUGUUUUAGGAGAAGAUCAAAAUAUUAUUAUAACACGUAUUUCUAAUCAAGAUAAAAAAAUAUAUAAUUUAGAAAAUAUUUUUUAUAGUUAUAAUCAGGUUUUAAUCAACAAUAUUGUAAUAGAGCAUUUUUUUCUUUCCGAAUUCAUGUUAUUUAAUAGCCGACAAGAGCUAAAUAACUAUUUAGAAAACGUAAUUAAAUGCACUUUGUCUAAUUCAAUGAAAUUUAAUCAACAAUUAAUAAAAAAUUCAUAUAAUGUUUUAGAUAUCCUUCUUUGUAUAAAAGUUACGGAAAAAUUAGUACUCAUUCUAAAAAACAAAGAAAUUUCUAUUUUAGAUAAUUAUAUGAACGAAAUAUUAGCAUUACUUUGGUAUCAAUUUCAAAACUCUAUUGAUCUACAUUGUAAAAACUUAAAUCAAUUGUCUAUCAAAAAUACAUUAUUAGAAAAUUAUAAUAGAACAUCACCAGAUAUAAUUACACAAAUAUUUGGCGACUUGUUAAAUGGAAUUUUUAUAUUAUUUUCUCAAGAUUAUAAUGAACUUAUAGAAGAAAAUGUCGAAAAACUAGUAAACAGUUAUAAGAUAUACCUUACAAAGAUUAAUAACAAAAUAAAAAGUGAAGAACAAGAACAAUUUCUUUAUAAUAAUUAUUCAUUAAUAUUAGCAAUAAUUGGUAAUACUAAAGGAUAUUUAGCAAAAAAGCAACAGGCACAUUUUCAUGAACUUCAACUUAAUAUAAAAAAAUCCUAA